AUGCGCCUCCGCCCGGUCACUGCCCCCCUGCUUCCCGUGCUUCUUUGCACAGUCCUCUCACAUCUUCAGCCAGCCUGCGCCUCUGCCGUGGCCUUCUAUGACCUCCCGGAACGACGCACUAUUCUCGGGCCGGACAAUGUCUUCGCGAAACGCGACAGCGACCACCACCACCACCAUGGCACACCUUUACUAGUGCUGAACGAAACCGAAGUUACUAUGUACCAUGCAUCUACGCCUCCAUCCUAUUACACAAUCGAUUGGGAUGAUCAUGGUCAUGAAGAACGUCAUCCCGGUCUUAUGAUCGCACAUGGCAUUUUUAUGUCGUUGGCUUUCUUCGUUUCGCUGCCGAUGGGUAUUGCCCUACGGAGUGUGAAACAUGCUGCUCAUGGGAUUGUGACUUUGUCGUUCUACGGGUUUUGUGCCCUUGGCUGUGCUGCAAGUGGGCUGUAUCGCAAGUUGACCCCAAAUAUGUAUGAAGGUGCCGUCCACCGCACACAGGGUUACCUUGUCAUACUGGUCGCCGUCUCUCUAUCAACACUCGACAUCAUCGAUGUCGUUCGUCGAUUCGUCGUAUUCAUUCGAGGUUCUGACAGAUCCUUCAAACUGUUCUGGAGGUCUGUCAUCAAAUGGGAGGAUGCGCCAGCAACUGGGCCAGAGUAUUCUGGGCUGAUCGCAGAUGAGCCUGAGGAGUUCGAGUCUGCAAAGAUUACUCGGGAUUCGCUCGAGCUCCAAGACGUUCAUUUGCAUGGCAAUGAUGGCGAAGAAAGUCGCACGCAACGUUGGGCAAACUCUGUACAUCGCCAUCAACGUCAUUAUUCGCUCACAUCGGAACACACCGUCUUCGAUGCACAUUCUCCUCAUCAGUCGGACGACACCUUGCACGACGCCAAGGGUCGUCGCGGUCAACUAGUACCGAAGCGGCUUCUACGUCAAGUUGGUGGCAUAGUGUUCGCUACUAUCGAGCGCUCUCUGGUGGUGAUGGGGCUCAUUCAAUUGCUCAUUGGUGUCGUCACGUAUACAGGAGGAUGCAGGGAAAACUACCUCAAUGGUUGUUUGGCGCAUUUGAUCAAAGGAGGCAUAUUUUGGUCCUACGGGCUGUUGACAUUCGCUCGGUUCCUAGGAUCCUACGCGGAUCUCGGCUGGGCAUGGAACAGAUCACCAUCGGGCAGUAAAUACACGGCUGAAUUUGUUGAAUCCUUCGUCAUUUUCCUUUAUGGAGCGACGAACACGUGGAUGGAAAGGUUCGGAGCGAAAGCGGGCGAUCCGUUCACGACAAAGCAGAUUCAACAUAUUGGAAUUGCUGUCAUGUUCUGCUUCGCUGGACUCGUCGGCAUGGGUAUUGAAUCUAAGAGAAUCCGCAACUGGCUCGUAUCUUCGACUUUUGCAUCCAUUUCUCAUCCUUCGGAGCUCCCUCGUGAGGCUGUCGAGGAACCGCCCAGCUAUGCUGCCAGUUUCAACCCCUUCCCAGCCCUCGUGAUCGGAGUGACAGGUGCGGCGAUGGCUGCACAUGCGCAGACAUAUCUGUUCCAAGUCCAAAUCCACUCCUUGUGGGGGAAUCUGCUCGUCGCCUUCUCUGUCUUACGCUGCUUCACAUAUUUCUUCCUUUGGCUCGGUCCACCAAAGUCGAUUCUCCCUUCACGACCUCCAACAGAAGCCCUCGGCAGCUUCUUCCUUGCCUGCGGAGGCUUGGUAUUUAUGUUGUCGACAGAAGAAGUGACGAUUGCUGCAAUGAGACGAGGGCGAGAUGAUGUCAUGAUGUUCCUCAAUGUCGCUGUUGCCUUGACCUGUUGUGCCUUCUGCUGGACACUAGCGGUUGUCGGAUUCAAGGGAUGGCUGAAAUCAAGAUCGCAGCCCCCCGUCACCUAUCGGAACGCUGCAUGA